CCUGAAACUUGUUCUUGGUGAAGACGGCGGCGGCAGCACAUGGUACUUCGGAUGUCAAGAGAGCGAGAUCUGGUUUUGUUGUGUUGCUGGGCUUAACUCCAACGAUGGUGCCUGACACCUGGAAGCCGAGGGGGUAUGUGCCUGAGGUUGGGAUGUACUUCUUCUUGGCCGCGGGGAUGGAGCUGGACGGGGCAGAAUAAGCUCGGGAUGGGAUGUGAGAAAAGGACCGAACCAAUUGAGCUUUAGGUUGCCUCAAUUGGCUCAACGCACAUCGACUGAAGCCCACCAUGACUGUUUCCGGUUUCAAAAUGUAGGGGUACGGAGGGGAGAUGUGAAGAGCCGGGUAACUGUGGUCGAUUGGGUUGCGUGAGAUCUUAUCAAAGCAGUGAGAGCCCACCGCCGAGGUUUGGAAAAUAUCUAGGGCGGCGGUACCGGAACUGGGUCCAGACAGCACAACAAGAUCGAAUUGCCGCAAUAACGAUGAUGCCAGUCUCUAGUAUAACACCAGAAACAUAAGAUAGUUGGGAAAAACAAUGAGAUACUCUGAAUUUUGGACAGCAGCCAUGAAAAUCUCUUUAUACCACCCCUCAAUUGAGUCACUCUUUCAAGACCCUAACGACCAGAGCUCCGGUCUGGAAAAUGUUUAUCAAUAACUGCACCGUCGCUUCAGUGCUCUAGCCACAGCGCCCUCCACGUGGCUGGGCCCCCACCAAACGGGUGCCGAGCCGGGCCGGGCUGUGGCUCCAGCUCUCGUUCCCCACCAAAGCCAACGACCUCCAUAAAAGGAUUUCAGAUUGGUGCAACUUUCCUCCAUCUUCCAUUCCCUCUCAAGCUCCAAAAAAGACACGAAUCACAAUUCGUGCCUUGUUGGAGCCGCAUCAUCACUUUCCCAGCCCGCUGGGGGCUUUCUUUCCUUUCUCCUCCCUCUUCCCAUUCACAACCUCCUCCCUCCCCCACCACCUGCAGAUCAUGCCCCUUGCGUUUUGAGUUUACGACCCGGAGAGCUUCAUUUGAAAUUUGAAGUCGCUCUUCUUUUCUUUGUUCACACAUCACUUCUCUCACACCACACCACCGCCACCAUGUCAGACGCGAUGGAUGCCUACUGGCAGUUACAGCCAUUAGCGCGAACACUCGCGACCGCCAUCUUCGUCACGUCGAUUGGAGGGCAUCUGGGAUUGAUCCCAACGGGCUGGUUGUUCUUCCACUCCUCGCUGGCCAUCUUCCAUAUGCCACCUCAGAUUUGGCGGUUCCUCACCACCUUUCUGUUGAGUGGUCCCCAGCUGGGCAUCAUCUUGGAUCCUUACUUCGUCUACCAGUAUCUCAGCCAGAUCGAGUCCGGGAACCCCAAAUUCCAACGGAAGGAAGAUGUUCUCUGGUACCUCAUAACGGUCAGCGGCUUCAUCUUGCUGUUCACCCAGUGUUUCCUGGGCUUCCAGCCUUUUCUCAUCAGCGCCUUGAUUAUUGCUCUAUGCUACACGGCCUCGCAAGAUUCGCGCGGCAUGAAGGCCAACUUUUUCUUCUUCACCGUGCCAGCCCAGCUUGUUCCGUAUUGCAUGCUCGGCAUGUCCGUCAUCAUGAACCCUGCCGCUCUGCCCCAACAGAUUUGUGGUAUCUUGGCCGCCCAUCUUCAUGACUUCUUAGUACGCACCUGGCCCGAGUUUGGAGGCGGUAGAAAUUGGUUGGCCACUCCAGCAUUCGUGUCUCGACUCGUCACCACGCCGAGAAUUCUCCAACGCGAGUACGGCACCGGAUUUCGCCCACGGACCCAGACGUCGGGCAGUUCUACGGGGGCCUCCGCCGGCUCCGGGCCACUUCCCGACUCCUGGAAGACAAGGGGAACUGGCCAUCGGCUGGGUUAAUGGAUAGAAGACGGGGAUUGUACGAAUACAAAAUAAUAUUAGACCAGUUCAUGUCCUGUGGCUCAUUCAGGGGUGUUAUCAUGUCCGUUGUUUGAGUGCCGAUAGUAGUGCCGAUAAUCGUGCCUGUGCUCCUUGAUACU